AUGGUUAAUCCUUUACUCGUAGCUCUCCUUUCAGCUCCUGUAUGGACAAUCGUGUUUAUCCUUGUAUCUCUGGUAGUCAAUAUAAAUUUGCCUACCAAAGAGCUUUGGGAUUUCCGAAAUCGCAUUGUUUCCUUCAUCCACGGACUCUUUUUACUUGUUUCAACCACAAUGGCAAUUUCAUCCGGCCGGCAAAUGGGAGACCUAAAUGACGACUUUGAAAUCACGGUAAUAGCGAUUUCUUUAGGCUAUUUUAUUUAUGAUACAUUGUGUAUGUGGAAGUUUGGGAUCUAUGAUAACUUUAUUAUGCUUCAUCAUGGCCUUACAAUUAUUGGAGAAUUAACUGGGGUUUCAGGAACAUAUGGCACAAUUGAAAUUAUGUAUGGAACUUUUAUGGGAAUUUAAAAAUUAAAUAUAAAUAUUUAUUUAAAAAUUAUUUUUGGCGUAAUUUAUAUAAAUUUAUUAAAAAUUUAAAAAAAUUGGCAUAUAAAAUUAUGUCUAUGACAUGUUAAUUUAUUUUGAAAUUUUAAAAAUCAAUUAUGAAAACAAAAGAAAUUUAUGAAAGGAAUUAUAGAAAUUUAUUUUCCAGUAAAAUCUCAUAAAAUUAAUUCAAGCAUAAAUAUUUUGACCCAACUUUUUUCGCUGAAGUUUCCAAUCCAUUCUUACAUAUAUCGUUUUCUUUAAAUAUAAUUAAUAAAAAUAAAGCUUUAUUUUAUCAAUAUAAGGUAAUUAGGCUUCCUACAAUAGAUUUAAUUUUAUAUUUAAAGAAAAAAGAAUAUAAAAGAAAUCCUUAAAUGUGCUGGUCAGAAGGAAACAAAGUCCCAUUUGCUUGCUGAAUUAGUGUUUAUAGUAGCCUUCUUCAUUGGGAGAUUUAUUCUUGGGCCACCUAUAACUUAUGGAGUCGUAACAUCAUGGAAUGUUUUUUGGCUGGUAAGACUUAUGGGAUUUCUAUUAGAAAUGCAAUCAUUUAAGUGGGCGUAUACUAUGUAUUUUAUUGUGAAGAAAAGAUAUAGAGAAUACAAAAUAAGGUGCAAAACAGGACAAAGUUUGCCUUGGUUUGUGGAGAUUAAGAAAGAUAAGUAG